AUGAUCGGUACUGGUAUCUUCGCGACCCCAAGUGCCAUUUUCUCUCUUUCCGGUAGCGUCGGUUUGUCUCUGUUCAUCUGGGUCGCUGGCAUGCUCAUCGCUGCUGCUGGUAUGGCCGUGUAUCUCGAAUUCGGUACGGCCAUCCCAAGGAACGGCGGAGAGAAGAACUACCUUGAGUUUGUUUACAGCAAACCCAAGUUCCUUGCCACUGGACUCUACACUGGCUACGUAAUCCUCCUCGGAUGGGCUGGAUCGAACUCCGUUGUUUUUGGAGAGUACAUCUUACACGCUGCCAACGUCGAAGUUAACCGCUGGAACCAACGUGGCAUUGGUCUCGCUUGCAUUACCACUGCUUUCCUAAUCCAUGGUCUGGCCUUGAAGUGGGGCCUGAGGCUUCAGAACUUGCUCGGUGUCAUCAAGCUGCUCAUCAUUCUGUUGAUCGUUGUCUCUGGAUGGGCGGCCUUAGGAGGCGCUAUCAAAAUCGACAAACCGCACAACUUCGACAACGCCUUUUCUGGCACUACUGGCAGCGCUUACGGCGUUGUGACUGCACUGUACAACGUCAUCUGGAGCUACAUCGGCUAUAGUAACGCCAACUAUGCCCUGAGCGAAACCAAGAACCCGGUCCGGACUCUUAAGAUUGCUGCGCCUCUUGCUCUCGGAUCUGUCGCUAUCUUGUACAUGUUCGUCAACAUUGCAUACUUCGCCGCCGUUCCCGCGGAGGAGAUUAUCUCUUCGAAGCGCUUGGUGGCUGCAUCCCUCUUCCGCAAUGUGUUCGGCCCAAAGGCGGAGCGCGCGCUUUCUGUCUUCGUCGCUCUGUCUGCAUUCGGAAAUGUUCUCAGUGUUAUCUUCUCCCAAGGUCGUCUUGUGCAAGAGUUGGGUCGUGAGGGUAUUCUGCCCUGGUCCAGGCUGUGGGCAAGCAACCGUCCCUUCAACGCACCCCUCGCUGGUCUCUUCGAACACUGGCUUGUCUCGGUUGUCAUUAUGCUGGCUCCACCUCCUGGUGAUGCUUACAACUUCAUUCUCAACGUUAUCUCUUACCCGCUUGCCAUCGUCAAUGUAUUUGUCGCAGCAGGUCUCGCCUGGAUCUACCUUCACAAGGAGCAGUACAACUGGAACCCGCCGAUGAGAGCUACGCUGCCGGUCACCAUCUUCUUCUUCCUCAGCAAUGUCUACCUUGUAAUUGCGCCGUUCAUCCCCCCUAGCGAUGGUAACAGCGUCUACGAGACUUUGCCGUACUACCUUCACUGCGUUGUUGGCUUUGGUAUCAUCGCCGCAGGUGGCGUCUAUUGGGUAAUCUGGGCGAUCGUUUUGCCCAAGCUCGGAAAUUACACUCUCCAUCGUGAGGUUGUUGUUGACGACAUUGACGGCUGGGAGAGACAUGUUUUCAGAAAGGUACCAAACUAAGCAUUUGUGCAGUACAUGUAAUCCGGAGAUACCCUAGAUGUUUAGUAUAUGAUAAUGACUUUCGUUUAACUUUGCCAAUAUGGAAGAUGUGUAAGGCGUGACUUU